AUGGAUUCUUCGUGGAGCGUGGAGGGCCUAGAAGGGAUCACAACCUGGACCAUAGAUCACAACCAGCUACUUCCAUACCACCUUCAACUCGCCGCCAAGACCUUUCCUCACCUCACUGGACUCUCGCUUCUCUCCGUUGGUGAGGAAGCCUACGAGGGACUUGUCCACUUCCCUUGCCUCACCCGCCUUUAUCUCAGUUGGGAGGUUGUAUCCGCAUUUCCGUUGGACAAACUCGACAUGCCAAAUCUCAAGUGGCUACAUAUUGAAAUUGGAACAGUCGAAGGGCUCGAAUACGCAGAUGCGUUCAUGAGACGCUACGGUCCAAAUCUUAUAGGAUUGCAGGUGUCCACCUCCGACUUCCUCUACUCCAACCCGACCCUUCCUGGGGGUCUAUUUGCCCUCUGCGAAAACUUGGAAGUUCUAAGCAUCCCAAUCUCGAAAUUGGAUGCGGCACCUCGUCCGACUGAACCAGGAGCAAUCCCACAUGCUCAUCUUCGCCAUCUCAUGUUCAUUUUUCAAUGUCCAAUAGGCGGCAAGAAGGUGCAACAACAUGCGGCAUCCUUCCCGACGGAGGCAUUCCCGAACUUGAAGAAGGUUACGAUGAUAGGAGAAGAGCCUAAUACUCAUAUCUCUUUGGGAAGAAGUCUACACAGUCUGUGGGAGGUUCCUGAGCCGCUAGAUAAACCAAUGUUGGUACACGAGGUUGCAGUCGCGUCCUUUCCUCAUGCGUUUGUUGAGCUAGUCGUCGAGCGGGAUUAA